AUGUAUGUUCCUUUGAUUAGGUUACUUUAUUUCAACUCUUUAAAGGUUAGGAUUAUCAUCUGGUACCCUUAAAAGCUCAAGAAGGAUACACUCAGACAGGUUUUGCCAUUUUUUAAAACUUGUGAACUCCUGUAAAAUAGCUCAAGCUUUGGUGAUAUUUUAGAAUCACAAAAAAAUACUUUAGAACAUUUAAAUAAAGCUGUUACUCUUUUAAUUGAGAGUACGCUGGUAAGAAAGUGGAGAAGAAAGACGAAUAUGAGACAAUAUAUUAACAAAUUUGAUUCAGCAUUCAUUAUCCAAAUUUCAUACACUGAUUCAUAAUAUAUUCCUUCUAGAUAGGCUAAUAAUUCAAAGUCCUAUGUAGGGUCAGAAAAAUCAAGAAGAAAAACCAGACUCAGAGAAAAUUAAUUCUUCAUUCUAAGAACUCCCUAUCAAAAAUAUAAACACAAUAUAUUUACAACUUAACCUGGAGCUAUCAAAAUUUAUAACAUAGAUUGUAAUAGAGUUUUUUGCUAUCAUAUCGAUGGAACUAACAUAUGA